AAAUUCCUGAAAUGUGAAGAACAAGAACUUAUUUAAAAAUCAGGUGACAAAAAAACUUGACAUAGGGAAUCUGCAGUGAAACACACAUAAAUUUUUUUCCCAAAGCAGAUUUUUAAUUUUUCAAGUGUUCAGAGCAUCUGCCUUUGCCAUGGGUUGCUCCUAUCAGGAAGAUCACAGGGAUAUAGAUAAAAAACUUGUGCUCACAUUGAGUAGAAGAAAAGUUUUUUUUUUUUUGAACAGAGUAAAUACAUAGUUCACAUGUUCAAUCAGCUCCUUCAACAGAAAUACUAAGGGCACUGCAUAUGUUUAUCUACAUUUUGGCCAGGAAAUAUAACAAGGUAUUACCCCCACAAAAUUAGGGGUUAGAAAACAACCAUGUGGCAUCACCUAGUCACGUCAAUUCUGCAGAAAUGCUCAUAAGUGAGAAAUGAGGGCUCUUUGGGAGUUAGAGCCACAUCUUGAACAAAAAUUUCUGAAGGAAAAAAGCACAUAAUCUAGAUACAGCGUACAGCUUCACAGCCAAACAGCUCAAUUUGCAAUCUCAAGGCCAGAAGGCAAUAAUUUCUGCUUCUGAAACAAAACACAGCACUUCCCAGUUCCAUUAUAGACACUGUUUUCUUUGGACUCCCAGAAAGCUGCUUGGUUACUAUAGCAACAGAUACAGGGGGAAAGCUUUUCAUUUGUAAACGGCCACUCCUUUAAAAUCAUACAUGCUAUUUUCCCAUACCUUUUAAUAUGCAUCAAAUAGAGAGUAAAAUGAUGAAAGCCAAUAUAGUACAUAAGAGCACUUAAAAUACACAUGUUGAUUUGGUAAUUUUACUAGUAAUGCUUUUCACCCAACCAAGUAUUUUAGAAAUAUUUACAAAAUAACACUCAAGUCUUACAAAAUAAUGAAUACAAAAAUCAUUCAACUGAUACAUUCCAAAUUGUCAAUAGUACAGCAAUUAUUUGCCCCUUACUGUUUUAGUAUAACUGUACAAUGAAGGUUCAUGUUCUGGUAGGGGAGGAGGAACAUACAGCAGAGUACAAUUUAAUUCACACAAGUCUGCUGCCUUGCUAAUGAAAUCAACACACUAAAUCAGAAUAAGCUUAAAUGAGACAAUUUUUACUAAUUGUUGACAACAAAAGUCUCAUAAUGGGCAAUACAUGUACCUUGCAAUAGUGCUGUAUUAAAAGCAAACCCACAUAACCUUUCCUCAAGAUGUAAUUUGCACAUAGGGAACUAAAACCGAAGCAGAAUAUAUUACAAUUUCAUUAAAACAGACUGCUUGAGAUCCUGCUGAGAUAGUUCUAAGCUAGCACUUUCACAAUCCAAGUAUUCAGUACUAUUUUAUCUGUCUACUACAAACAAAUGUUAGGUCUAACACCAGAUAUGUGCAACUCAUAGCGCAAUCUUGUUCUGAUGAGAGUUUACUUUUGGCUCACUUCCAGCAGAAAGCAACUAUGCCUUUACACUAAUAAAAAUUAUUUCUGUGUAAGAAGAGCUCUGCAGUAACUGCAUUCACACCAGGCUCACAAAGAGAAUCACAAGACACCCAAAGUCAGGUACAGAACCUGUGUAAUGAGCAAGACCUUCCUCCCAGCUUCUUGAUUUCUCACACCAGCUUGUUGAGGCCACUUCUCUGACAUGCUGCAUUUACCAUGGAAGCCUUACCAGCAGCUUUAUUCCCUUAUUCUUUUAUACAGCCUUAUACAAAGGUACCAAGUUACGGGAUAACCUAUGGAAGGCUAAAGCUAUCAGGAACAGAUAAGCAAAGCCUGCAGCUGAAUAGAAGUAUCCUGCUGUUCCAAUUACAAAUUGAAAUAAAUUGCACAGUUCUUUUCUAGGAAAUUUAAACUCUUAAUAAGAUUAUCUGUGAUGAAAAAAACAACAACUGACAAACAAGAAAACUCUAUGGCUCUCAGUACAACUUAAAUUAUUCUCCCUCUAGUCUCUAAGACUACAGUUUCUGGAUUCUCAAGAUUUUACUCCAUUUAAUCACUGCUCUCACUUUCCAUCAUAGAACCUGGGUAUCAUUAUGUAUUUAGGACUAAGGGCCGCCGUCUGUUUUAUUCCAUAAUCUCUUUGCUUUCCCUUACUGAGUGUUUUUCAAACAAAACUCAUUAAACAAAGUACUCCUUUAUUCUCGGGUAGAUGGAACUAAGAGAGGGAACAAACAGCAGUAAUGCACUUGCAGUGGAGAACAGAAAAAAAACAACAUUCCAAGAAAUUUUGUUAAUACAUGCCAAUGCAGUUUUAUAUGAGAAGGGAUAGCGGCAUUCAAGAGAAACUGCAUUUACCAGGACAUCUACAGUGAAGAAAACGUCUCAGACCUCACAACCAGCAACGGCCACAGCUUGGCUACGAAGCUCCCAGUUACUCAUUUCCACGAGAGAAAAGGCAGACACAAAAGGUAACAGAAGAUAACCAUCAUGGCAUCAGCAAGCCUGCAGUUCUUUGCUUUUAUUCUGGCUUUGUUUGGCGUUUUUGGAGAUAUCGCAGCCACCUUGCUACCAAACUGGAAGGUAAAUGCAGACGUUGGCUCAAAUAUCAUAACAGCUAUAACACAGAUGCAAGGACUUUGGAUGGACUGCACAUGGUACAGCACUGGGAUGUUCAGCUGUACCCUGAAAUACUCCAUUCUCUCUCUCCCCGUCUACAUCCAGGCUGCACGGACCACCAUGGUACUGUCGUGUAUCCUAUCAGCCUUUGGGAUCUGCAUCACUACAGUCGGAAUGAAAUGCACAAGGCUGGGAGGGGACAUUGACAGCAAAAAUAACGCUUGUUUUGCUGGAGGAAUCUGCUUCAUUCUUGCAGGAAUCUUUGGAUUAGUACCAACGUGCUGGUACACGAGAGAAAUCAUUUCAAAUUUCCUGGACCAGACCAUUCCAGAGAGUAGUAAACAUGAACCGGGAGGAGCAGUUUAUACUGGAUUCAUCUCAGCAGGGUUUCUGCUUAUCGCAGGUGUGAUCUUCUGCUCUUCCUGUUUUAAAAGGCAGCAAGGAGCAUGGAUUUACCCUCCAAAGCAGCACCAUUUCCCAUCCACAGAGCAGGAGAGCAAUGCAGGUUACAGCCUGAAGGACUAUGUAUAAAUAGUUAUUUCUAUCUAUUGAUGUAUAUCUAUUCAUUCAAGGGUUUUUUUGUGUGUUAAGUGCAGUUUGGUUAUUUCAACGAAUGUGUAAUAGAGCACUUAAUCUUUCCUGUAUCUGGGUUGCAGUUACGCUUAUGCAAGGUAUUUCAUUUAAAGGGGCAUCCACAAAAAGGAAAGAGUAGGAAAAGACACUUGUCUGCUACAAGAGUAUUUUAUUUUGUUGAUUUUUCAAACCCUUCUUUCUGACUUCCCAAGUUAGACUUAUUGAAGAACAAGGAACUAUUUUAAAAACAUAACUGACUGUACAAUUCAUGCCUUGAUGUCUUGUUACAGCAAAGAUGAUUAAAAACUGUUUUCUGUUUAGUGAAUCAGACUUUCAAUAACAUAUGACAUUUUAUAGUGUAUUUUACAUUUUUAUCUUGAUUUUAUUUAUGAUGCAAGGGAAAAAAAACCCAGAAACUAUUUGUCCAAGGAGCCCAAUUCAAAGGUUUUAAAACAGCGGACACAUACGCCUUUCAUUUUCAAUUCUAAAUUGCCUUGGUAACUAGAUUUUGUUAAAAAAAUAAAAAAUACAAAAAAAUCAACCAACCAAAACAAAUCCUCAACAAAGGCUCAAGGCUUUAAACCUUAGCUGCACUGUAUACUCGGCGUAUCAGGCUGAAGGAUCAGCAGUACCAUUCAGCUCUUGCCAAACCCAGCUCUCCUGCCCCAAACUGCCACCUGCUGCGGGUUUCAUUUAUUAUUGUUAAAGGAAAGUAUGCUGGACAGUCACCAACUGCUACUAAUCUAUCACUACACAGUGAAUGUUAGAGAUGAGGAGCAAUACAACAAGAGAAAUGUAACCAUAAUUGUGAAAACACCUGUAAACUGUAACAGGAUAGAAACCAAAUUAUCUAUGCUCAAGAAACAUCUGUAGACAUUCUGGCUUACACUUGCUAAAGGCAGUUAUUAACAGCUCAAAUAACACAGUAACCACUUACUGUCUUCUACAUUUCUGACCUCCUGAAAGAACCUUUUAAGUCAUUUAAAUUAUUUCUGUAGGAUUCGUUCCAGGCCCACUCCCAGGUAUUCUAUUACUGUAAAAUGUACUAUACAACAGUGAUAAAGAGACAGCUUCUUUAUUUUUUUAACUGUCUUAUUUUGAAUAAUUACCUUAAAUCCUUUAACCUUUUUUUUCACCACACAGAUUUUGCUGUGUAUUGGUCAUUGGCAAAGUAUGUUCUACCUAAAUACUUCCCUAAGUGAGAACCAAAUCAAGAAUGAAAAAAGGUAUAAUACAGGCCUUUAAAUUUAGGAACAUGAUGCUGGAUGAGUCUCUCAAUAAAAUCAACUGCUAUUUACUCUGCAUAUUUAUACACAACUUUCUUUUCCCACAGUAGUAGUCUGAAAUUUGCUAAAAGACUGUGAAGGAGCCUAAACAUAAAAUGUUUGGUAUGUUGGAAAAAGAUGUUUUAUUACAGCAUUUGGUAAAGUGGACUGUUUUAUGGAUUCACUAUGUAAGUAGCCUUUAUUCAUAGAGAGUCUUCAUUUUUCACACACAGAAUGACAUUACAUUUUGUUUUUAUUCUACUGUUACACACCUAUUUUGAGUUUCCUAUGUUUUAGUCAAGGAGCUUGAUUUGUCCUAUUCCUAAUGCAACUAUCAGCAGUCAUUAGGUAUUGCAGAGACUUCAUUAUAAACAAAAAGCCAAUUUCUUCUUUUCCUAGACCCAAUGUUGUGCAGCACCAUUCCAUUAACCAAGAAUCUUUUAUGUUUCAACACUCACAGAAAUGUUGAAAUAAUAUUCAUGCACUGAGCAAACGAGGUAAACAACUUCUCACAAACAAGCAUCUCCACCUUUAGAAAGGGGUUUGACAUGACACUAAGCCAUGAUCACUACCAUGUGAGUUAAAUCUGUUUGCAAAAAAUUAUAAUCAAGAGGCAUUUUUACAGGAGGGUGUAAGAAAAAGGUAAUAAUGUCAUACCAUGAGCACAACAAAAAGUUCAUUGGUUACAUGUGGUAAAUUUUUCUUCCUGAAACUUUAUAUAAAGUAGCUGUACUUCAUAUAGCUAUGAAACAAAAAUCAAGGAUGGAGCCAUUUCAUUCACAGUACGCUGCAAGAGCUUUCCAAUCAAACAGAUUCGAUGAGAAAGGGUAACAUCUAAAACCAUGCCAGUCUACA